UUUACGUUAUUAAAUAAUAUAAUAGCUAAAUACGGUAUUAAUAAUAAAGAUCUAUAUAACUUCGACAAAAUUAGUUUUAUAAUAAGCGUUAUUACUAAGUUAAUAAUCGUUAUACGUAUUAAUAAAUAUAAAAAAACGAAAUUUGUUUAA